AUGGCGCAGCAAGAAGGUACGAAGAUGGUAGAAGCAAGGAAAAUAACCGAGGAGAAUGGGGAGGUCCCGGCUCCUCGGUUUGGACACACGGCAACCCUCAUAGGCCAAAACCGUCUUAUCCUCUUCGGAGGGGCCACGGGGGAUUCAGGUAUUUGAAUUUGCUGGAAUUCGCUGCGUUACUGGAACUGGUCAGAUGCUGUGAGUAUCUUAUUUUUUCUGCUGGAUUCUAAAUCUGUAAGCGACCACUAGAAUUUAAGGAGAGAUCAAUUCAGUCUCUUUCCACGAGUAGAAAUAGGGAAAGAUGAAUAUCACUUUGACUACUUCCACCUCCUAAGAACUUCAACAACGAUCACAACCCCUAGGUCGUUAUACAAUAACUGCGGAUACGUAUUGUCUGAAUACGAAGACAAUGGUGUGGUCACAAGUACAUCCAGUACCUGGCGACGUUCCCCCACCAUCAGCAAGAGCAGCACACGCCGCUGCAUGUGUUGAUACUAUUAUGGAAGAAAACAAGAACUUGAUGAGUGCCUUAUCCUAGUCCUACGUCAAUCAAAAUGUGAUGUCUGAUUACUUGUUCAUUCUAGAAGAAGACUUCAACAAGAAUAAAGUAGCAUCUCCUGUCCUCCUCCACUCCACUCUAUGUUUUGAAAGCCUUUUCUUCAUCGUUCAUCCUCCUCUAAGAAAAGUCAGCUUGUAGUUUACGGCGGAGCCACUGGUGGAGGAAGUUUGAGUUCGGAA